ACCGAGUUCCUCGCGAGCCACCGUCCGCAGUUCUUAUUGGUAGGCGCGCGGUUACAUCACAAUGGCCGAUUGUGACGCGGAGUUCUUUCCUGUUUCCUUCGGCCGCGUCUUUAAGUGGGUGCCUGCAGUCGGAGGAGCGCGUGCAGAGAGCGCUUCUUCUUCUCCUCCUCCUCCUUCUUCUGAUUAGUCUGCUUCUGCUUCCUCUAGUGCUGCUUCUUGUUCGCCACCGCACAGCCGGCGCGCGCUCCCGGACACCCCGAGCCACGCACUGAGACAGAGCCACGCACAGACACAGCUCCGUAUUCCACAGAGGAGAAGAAAUCUCUCUUUUUUUUUUCUCCUGUAUGUGUGUGUGUGUGUCGCGUUCACUCUUUUUUUCACAUCUCUCUCCCUCUCGUUCUCUCUCUCUGUCUUUCUCUCUCUCUCUCUCUCUCUUUCUCACACACACACACAUACACACACACACGCACACACACUCAUUUCCCACGCGCGUCGCUCGCACCCGUUACUCGGGCAGAAUAUUUUGUCGCGCGGUUUUGAUCCUCUUUUUUCUCUAAAUAAAAAAUAAAAAAAAAAAGAAGAGGACAUCUAUUUUUUCCAUUUCCAUUUCACGCGCGAGCUGCAGAGGUCACAGGAAUUUACCAAAAGAGUGUGAGCCCUGGCCUUUGAGAAAUGGCUCAAUAGUAUCACCAGGGAUGCCGGACCAUGACAGUGAGUCCCUCCUAAACCGACAGACCAAAAGAAGACGAGUGGACAUCGGCGUGAAGAGAACCGUGGGCUCGACCUCCACGCUGACAUCAGCAGCUUCUACUGACUUCAUUGCCAGCCGCACAUCAAAAUCCGCCAUCAUCUUCGGGGCCAUGAACACCCAUCAUAGCGGAGAGCAGGACCUUCUGGAGUGUCAAGGGGUGCAGCUUGGACAUGGGGACUCGAGUGAGACCAAGUCCAAUGUGCUCCGGAAGCUUCUCAAGAGAGCCAGCUCGUACGAGGAUGCAAUGAUGCCUUUUCCUGGCGCUACCAUCAUCUCACAGCUGUUAAAGAGCAACAUGGCAAAAAAUGGCGCAGGGGGAGGAGUAGAGCCGGGGUUCCCUAGUAGUGCUCUCUCCAGCACAGGAUCCGAGGUGCCCCAAGAGGACGCGUGCAGUAACUCAUCCCAGGAAAGCCCUCAGGAGUGUCUCUCACCGUUCAGCCGCCCAACUCUGGGUCACUUUGACGUUGAACGACUUAAUGAUGAACACCUCCGAGCUAAGCGAGCUCGUGUGGAGAACAUCAUUCGCGGAAUGAGCCACUCACCCAAUGUAAUGAUGCCAUCAAACUCCAGCUCAAGGGAUCGAGAGCGGGAUGUUGAAGGAGAACCUGAAGGUCCCCAGCAGCCACCCAGCCCACGAGAGGGCUAUCGUGAAAACAAGCGCAAACAGAAGCUUCCUCAACAGCAGCACAGCUUCCAGCAGCUGGUGUCAGUGCGCAAGGAGCAAAAGGUGGAGGAACGCAGGCAGCUCAAGCUGCAGCUUGAGGACAUGCAAAAACAGCUGCGCCAGCUGCAGGAGAAGUUCUUUCAGAUUUAUGACAGCACUGACUCUGAAGGGAACGACCCAGACCAUGACGGAGGGAACCUCUCCGAAGACAGUGCACGCUCUGAUGCCGGACUCCUGGACGGAGACGUCGAUGAGCGCCCCAUGCACGAUUCCACUGCUGAUCGUUCCGAUAACGAGAUGUCAGACUUGGAUCCGGGACACUUUCUGGACAGAGCAAGGGCAUUGCUAAGAGAACAGGCCCUUCUGGAUGGAGAGAAGCCCAAACGGGAGGGCUCGCUGAGGGGCAAAGGUCAAACCUCUAUGCACGCAGAAGGCAAGCAACUGGCAGAGACCCUCAAGCAGGAACUGAACUCUGCCAUGUCUCAGGUGGUAGACACCGUAGUGAAGGUCUUUGCGAAACCUCCGCGGCCUCUCCCGCAGGUGUUCCCGCCGCUUCCUGCGCCUCAGGACCGUUUUACCGUUAACGGGGACAACCCCAACUUCCACACAACCAAUCAGCGCCUGCAGUGCUUCGGAGAUGUCAUAAUCCCCAGCCCACAUGAAUCAUUUGGUGGAGUCCCACUCCCCAGUGCCAAUGAUCAGACAGAGGCGCUGCCUUUAGUGGUGCGGAAGUCUGCAGCUGAGCAUCACCACCAGUCCUCAGCAGUGGGUGCUCACGGAGGCCACCACCAUCCUUCCCUCCAUCCCUCGUCCCUGUCAGCCAACAUGGGCUUCAGCCCACCAUCUUUCCGCCACCCAUUCCCCCUCCCUCUAAUGGGGUACCCUUUUCAGGGCCCACUUGGUGCCCCGUCGAUAGGGUACCCAGGCAAAGACAGAGGCUCUCCUGAUUCCAUGGACCUCUCACGGGAGACCACCAGCUUACGGACCAAGAUGGCAUCCAACCACCAUAUGGGGCACACCCGGUCCUGCUCGCCAACCCACCCAGGGAGCACGGCUGAGAGUCUGUCUCUGUCGCUCAUUAAGUCAGAGUGUGGAGACCUCCAGGACAUGUCUGACAUCUCACCAUACCCAGGGAGUGCAAUUCAGGAAGGGCUUUCCCCCAACCACCUGAAGAAGGCCAAGCUCAUGUUCUUCUACACCAGAUACCCCAGCUCCAACAUGCUCAAGAUGUUCUUCUCUGAUGUUAAGUUUAACCGGUGUAUCACGUCUCAGCUGAUCAAGUGGUUCAGUAAUUUUCGGGAGUUCUACUACAUCCAGAUGGAGAAGUUCGCCAGGCAGGCCAUAAACGACGGCGUGACGGGGGCUGAAGAGAUCACCGUCAGCCGAGACUCGGAGCUCUUCAGAGCUCUCAACAUGCACUACAACAAGGCCAAUGACUUUGAGGUUCCUGAUCGCUUCCUGGAGGUCGCUCAGAUAACACUGCGUGAGUUCUUUAACGCCAUCGUGGCCGGGAAAGACGUGGACCCGUCCUGGAAGAAGGCUAUCUAUAAAGUGAUCUGCAAGCUGGACUCAGAGGUUCCAGAGAUCUUCAAAUCUCCCAACUGUCUCCAAGAGCUCCUACACGAGUAACGUUUCCCCCAAACCCCCUCCACCAUACCUGAUGAUUUGAGUUUCUUUUUUUUUGGAGUUUUAAUAUUUUUUUUCCCUUUUUUUCUGUUCUUGUUUUUUGAAUGUAUGGCAUAUGAAGUAGCAUUCCUGAGCUUUUUUUUCCUUCUUUCCCUUGGGGUGAUCUAGUUAAAUUUUGAGAUUUCUUGUCCUUUAUUUUACAUAUUCUUUUUCGUGUUUCAUAUUUGGAGGGACUUCGAUCCCACUAGGGCCCUUUGACUUUUUGCCUGCCCGCUCUGGAAUUAUGGGUAAUCCUCAUGAAAUCCCGAUACUGAAGCCAAACAACUCAGUGAACUGGUAUGACUGACGACUUGGGCUUGUUCAAACUGAAGUUUUGAAGUGUGUAUUUCUCUGGAGAAGUGGGCAUUGCAUUUAUAGGGUGUAUAGAAUUAUUAUUAUUAUUUCUAUUAUUAUUGUUAUUUUAUUACUGUUGGUGUUCUUGUUGUCGUUGUUGUUGUUCCUGCUUGGGUAAGACUGGCACUUGGAGGUUUUUCUUUCUUUUUUCCUUUCUUUUUUUUCCCUUUGUUUCAUGAUAAGAUUGCAAGAAAAUAAAUUAUUAUUCCAAAAUGUAAAUCUCUAACUAUAUGCAAAACUAUAUUACAGACUUUACAUUAGAAUAGUUUUUCAUUAAGUCCUCGCCCUGGAUUUUGGUUUAUAUGGGUCCAAGAUUUGACAUUUUGGCUGGCUUUGAUUGACAGCCCAAUGCACCAAUCACAACAUUUGAAAGGGCAUCAUAACCCCGCCCAUUUUUUAUUAUUUGCUACACAGCCUGUUUUUUUUUCUUGUCAGUUCUCUGGUUGGCACAGAAAACACAUUUUCAAUGUAUACUGCAACGGUCCAGUCCCUCUGAAGCACGUAGUGUCACCAGCACACACACACAUACAUACACACACAUUGUUCUGCUUAGUCAGAUGCUGUGUGUGUGGCACUUGCUCAGUUAAAGAGGCGUCUCUUUGCGUGGUGAACAAGCGGGAGGUCGUCAUCUCAAGGCCGAGUUUCUGGACGACUACACCACGGAUAUAACGUCACAUCAAUAUUUAAAUUCAGUCACUGUGCACAUCUCAAGAACACACAUUUAAAUGCCCUUCAACUGCUCAUUCCAGAGGAAUCAUUUGAAACCUUCGAGGACGUAUGUGAGUGUGCACUUUUUUCUGCGCGCGUGAUUUUUUUUUUUUUUUUUGCUGUGUGGUAAUUAGCUCAGUAUUUUUAUGGUGUUUCUUGAAUACUGAAUUGCUAUGAAAAUAAAAGGCAACCAUGUUUGAAGAGGACAUAUUACAACAUGAAUUCAAUCCUUGCAUACGAUUUUUUUUUCCCUGGAUGUUACGAUUUGAAAAGUUUGUACUGUAUGGAUAUGAAUUUAAAAAAAUGCACUUACCUGUUGUUCAGUGAAAGCAAUGACAUUGGAUUUUAUUUAAUAAAGAUUGAAAAUAUACUUGAAA